ACCCCCUUCACUGCAUAUACGUACGUACACAUUCACACACGCGCGAGCCUUCUAGCAUGGCACGCGGAAGAUACCACUGCGGCUGCCUAGUGGAAAUUCUACCGCUGAUACUAACUCUCCUACCAGAAGUAUCGAGUGAAUCAUUUCGAGACUCUCCAGCCAGUAUCACAGUCCUGACACACAGUCCGCUGACGCUCACUUGCUAUGCUCCUGACCCUUCGCCCCCUCCCUCCAUACUCUGGCUAGUGAAUGGAGUUGAAUUUCACACAAACGAUGAUCGAAGAACUGCACUGUACGACUCUACCACUGGACGGAGUACGUUGCAGUUUUCAGAGGUCGUGUAUAGUGAUACAGGACCGUAUCAGUGCCAGGCUGUCAAUGAAAUGGGCAGUUUACUCUUUCAGAGUGAUACAGGAACCCUCAGCGUGCAAGGUCAACCAUCUUUUAGAGAGCCACUGAGGUCUAUCACAGCAUCACUCGGUAGUCAGGCAGUAUUUCAUUGUCUUGUAGUCAGCAACCCACCAGCCACUGUGUCUUGGACACACGGGCAGCAGAACUUGAGCAAUGGCGGAAGGGUUUUCCUGAACUCGUCUGCACUAAUUAUCUCUAGUGUACAGUCCUCUGAUGAAGGAUAUUAUUACUGCAAUGCCCAGAACUCAUUUGGUGUCAACAGUACAAGUGCAGCAUUGACCAUUGGUGAGCCACAACUUCCAUUUGAACUGAUCAUCUCCCCCACUGGGAACCCUCUACAACGUGUGAUAGGGAGUGACGUCACCCUAGACUGUGAGGUGGGCGGGGAAGGCUUGGCGGACACUCUACACUGGUUUCACGAUGGAGCCGAGGUGACGGAGGAGCUCACGAGAGAGAGCAACGGACUGGCUCUCAGUCUGGAACACCUCACUGUGGAUGAUGAAGGAGGGUACAGUUGCAUUGCUAUCUCUGGCUCUUCAACUAUAUCUCAAACCAUUCAGCUCGAAAUACUGAUUCCCCCGACUGUGGAACUGAGCCCCAGUGUCAGUAACAUCCUUGUAGUCAACCACACUCUGGAGGGCCCUAUACCCAACUGUAUUGCCAGGGGUUUCCCCCAACCAACCAUAUCGUGGCUCGGUCCAAAUGGACAGGUUCUGGGGGUUGGAGAAGAUGGGGCUCUAGUGUUGGGGACACAUCUCACCAGGUCUGACGCUGGCUCCUACGAGUGUGUGGCCACCAACUCAGCCGGAGAGAACAGGACUCAACUUACACUCACUGUGGAAGAUGCCCCCCUCAUAACUGUCCCUCCACUCGACACUGUGACAGCCUACGGUAGUGACGUGAGCCUCACCUGUGCAGCGGAGGGCCCCCCGACACCCACCAUAUCGUGGUCCAGGAGAUACGGAGCACCUCUUGGGAACAGCAGUCUGGACCUCUCCGGAACACUACACCUCUUCAGUGUGAGCGGAGAAGACAGUGGAGUGUAUUUCUGUGUGGCAAGCAAUGGAUACCAGCCAGUAGGAAAUGUAUCUGCUACCCUGACUGUUCUUGACAAUCCAAGGGUGACCUCACUCACCGUUAGCCCCGCCCCCAUCCUCUCUUCUGGUACCACAUUCACCAUCGUGUGCAGUGUCUCUCACGGCCCAGCCCCGUUCUCCAUUCGCUGGUACCAAAAUGGGACCCUGAUACCACCUGCAGACUCACGCUUCCAAAUGGUGGCAGGAGAAGAUUCCGGAACACUGACAGUGUACAACCCGGACCAGAGCUAUUCAGCUGUUUACACGUGCAACGUCACCACUGAACACGCCUUCGACACUGCACAAGUCACAGUCACUGUCGGAUCUGCUCCAGUGAUAGACAAAACCUCGUCUGACACUGACUUGAAGCCGGGCGAGGGAGCAUUCCUAGACUGCGCAGUAAUCGGGCUGCCCAAUCCGCGGAUUGAUUGGUUCAUGAAGAACGAGACGGGAGGAAUACGGCAGCUAGUGGCUACUGUGGGGGAGCACUACGUGGUUCACACAGAGAGUCUGCAGCUGGUCAACGCCACACAGCAGGAGUCUGGGGUCUACGAGUGCCGGGCUAUGAACGAACUCGGAACCUAUAACAAGACUGCUACAGUUAGAGUUGAAGGUACCCUCCUCUUGCCAUCUCCAUCUCUCCCACUGUCCUCAUUGCCAGCGAUAACUACACCCUUACCUGUGACAUCAUCUAUAACUUCCCCACGGCAACCGUUACCUGGAGAAGGGCAGACUCCGCCCCUCUCUCCACGGGGAGAUUUACCACGACCCCCAGUGGGGGUCUGAAUAUUUCUCCCGUGGCCCCCAAUGAUGGUGGGGUGUAUGAGUGUGUGGCCAGCAAUGAGUAUGGGACCUCGGUGGUUUCAGCAGCGGUGACUGUGCAUGUUCGCCCGACGGUGUCUCUCCCCUCUCCCUCCCUUGUCGCCAUUCUCUUUGAUGAUGUAACCCUCUCCUGUUCAGUUGAUGGUAGCCCCGCCCCCUCCCAGGAGUGGAGCCGCACUGAUGGAGUCCCUCUCAUAGGGAGUCACUACAUGUUUGACUCUGAGACUGGAGAUCUGACCAUUGACACAGUGACUGUAACCGACACGGCCAAUUACCGUUGCACGGCAACCAACCUUGUGGGUGUGGCAACUGCAGUAGUGGAGGUUCUGGUGGGAGGAGCCCCAGUAACGAACCUCACAGCAGUAGUCCUGAACUCCACGGCCAUCUCCCUGUCCUGGACCCACCCUCCCUCUUACCUAACUCCAACCCUCUCCUCCUACCACCUUCAGUACACAGUCUCCGGAUCUCCACGCAGAGAAACCUUAGUGUUGGACAUGUCGGUGACCUCUGUACUUCUCACGGAGCUCGAGGAAGCCUCGCAGUACCAGUUCAGUGUGUUUGGUAACUAUGGUGAUGUUCAGGGUGUAGUUGUUACCGUGACAGCAACCACUGAGGAAGAUGUUCCGACCGGUGCUCCUCGGAAUGUAUCACUGGAUGGAGAGGUUGAAGCUCUCAAGAUCUCAUGGCUGCCACCUCCCGAGGCAGACAGAAAUGGAGUCAUCAUCCGAUACGACAUCUUCUACCUCGAGGAGGAGGAGGAGGAGGAGACCAACACUACCUUGGCCUCUCCUCGGGUGUUCUCUGUGGCAGAGUAUACUCCGUCAGACCCCGAGGCCAGCGGGCACUCCACUAGACUGGGAGGACUGGCAGGAGGGAAGAGAUACCUGGUGAAGAUGAGAGCAGCCACCAGCGUGGGGGCGGGGCCAAACAGUACCCUGGUCUCCAUAGUGACACUGGAGCCAUUCCCCCUGCUGCUGGUCCUGGCGAUAGGAGUCCCGGCAGCCAGCCUCCUCCUCCUCCUCUGCCUCCUCGUCAGCCUCUGUCUCUGCUACCGCUGCUGCUACCUCAGGUCUCGGGCCGGGAAACACUCACCUCUCACUGAAGAAGCCGCCGACCUGUUUGGUCAACAGAGGAAGAGAAAAGGCAGAGUUGUCAGUGGCCCAGUGCCUGGAAUAGCCCCAAACAUAGAGACCACAGGAGGCAAGUUUGCCAUGACAACCAAACAGGGACAGGUCCUCUCCUCACAGCCAAAGGUGAUAAUGCCAGAGGAUGUGGCCAUGCCCCCUCAGUCAGGGGGUGUGGUGAAACAAGUCUCCAUGGACGACGUCCUUACAUCACUCAAGACCAAACAUGACGAGUAUGACCCAUACGAGGAGAUUAGUAUGGGGACUCCACACUACCCCGCCGGUCCCCACUCCCCUGUUCCAAACCCUCCUCCCGCAAACAUGAAAUCAAACCCUCUCUACAACCCUACUGACGACCAAGAUGGCCCGCAGGUCUGGGUCAACCCGCAUUACGACAGGCUGACCCAAUCUGAUGAACCAAUUCCUCCCAUCGGAAAUCUGGCCGACCCAAAUGAAUACGGGCCAGUGCAACAUUCUGACAUAUCGAUCAGUCAACAGGGUGGCUCUUUACCUCACAGUGGACCUGUGACUGAGGAAGAUGCCGCUUACCUUGAGGUAUGUC